AUGCCUUCAAACCAUCGCAACGCCUCCGAAUCGACGCCCUUGCUGCACCACAUCGUCCCUUCGCACGUCCACCCAGAUGGUGAGAGCGGCCGAAGCGGGUUUCACCCAGGCCAUUUCAUCAGGGUCUCAUGGCGUAGCGGCUCCAAAGUCGCGAAAUACGUGAACCUUUUGUGGCCUCUUGUCCCCGUGGCGAUCAUUCUGGCAACUGUUACGCCAGGACUUCCUCUCGUCGUCUUUGCCUUUAGCUAUGUCGCCAUGAUCCCAGUAGCUAAUCUACUGGGCUUUGCAGGCCAAGAAUUUGCACGAAAGAUGUCGAAAGUAUCUGGGAUCCUAAUUGAGACAUCGUUUGGCUCCAUCGUGGAAAUCAUUUUGUUUCUGGUCCUCAUUGUCAAGCACACUUCGGCGGAGGGCUCCUCUGAGCAUGGAAAUCUCAUCCCUGUGAUCCAAGCGGCUAUCCUUGGAUCUAUCCUGGCCAAUCUGCUGCUCUGCUUGGGUGCAUGUUUUUACGUCGGGGGGCUACGACAGGCGAGCCAAAAGUUCCAUGCUUCAAUCAGCGAGGUGGGAACCGGACUGUUUUUCAUCUUUUAUAAUGCGCGCUCGCAACACUCCAUCUUUGACGAGGUCCUAGAGGCCGACGAACACCAUGACUUGGACCGUUCCGAGGAUCUCGCCAAGCCAAAAUUUACCUUUACAGAGUGCAUCAUCGCGCUGGUCCUUUCCUUGGUACUUGUUACUCUGCUUGCAGUGUUUCUAGUCGAGCGCAUCGAAGACGUGGUUGAAUCGGGUGUGCCAGAUCAGUUCCUUGGCUUGAUUCUUCUCCCUCUCGUGGAGAAGGCGGCGGAGCAUCUCACUGCCGUCGAUGAAGCAUGGGAUGGCCAGAUAAACUUUGCUCUUUUCCACUGCAUCGGCCCUUCUAUUCAGACGGCGCUCUUCAACGCGCCUUUGGUCGUCAUCGUCGGGUGGAUUCUAGGCAAGGGCAUGGACCUGAACUUUGAAAUCUUCAUGAUUGUGCUGCUCGUGCUUUCCAUUGUCGUGGUGGGCAACUUUCUCCGAGACGGCGAAUCCAACUAUCUCGAAGGCGCUCUCCUAAUUAUCAUCUACAUCAUCAUUGCGGUUGCUUCGUGGUACUAUCCCAAUCCUGACGUGGCGACGUCGAACGGCCUCGCAAACUCGUCGUAG